AUGCAUGUAUCUGAUCGUGCGUAUGUAACUCUGGUCAUUACUAGCGACAGAUCAGACUUGAACUCGCCGGAUGCUCUCACAGUAAUCAUUUUAUUAUACCAUACGCCAUGGCUCACUCAGUUCCACAUCUAUGAAGUGUUCUUGUGGUUACUCAAGUUGCCCUCUGCACACCGAUCAAAUCCUCCUCUUGUAUUGCGUGUUAUCUAUAUACCACUUCUGAAUGUCUGUCUGAAUGCUGAUCAUACCUACCAUCAAGUGUUUCAAUAUGGGAAUUUGACUGCCGUGAGCAAACUGUUUCAAGGAGUUCUACAAGCAAUUUCCAUACCGAGAAACGCCAACUGCGAGGAAUUCGUAUAUGCCGUCCUGAAACGGAAACAGCAGAUAAGAAAAAACGAAGAGUUCCGUAUUGUGCACCGACUAAAUAACUCACAGAAGGUUGUUCAUCCGGUCGGCAAAUGCGUGGAAGAUCGAGGACCCACCACAGCUGGUUUUUACGACGGAUUAAAGGAUGUGUACCCUUUGAACUUUUCGGAACUCGAUUAUCCAAACGUUCUGGCAAAUGAAGAAUGGGUUACGUUCCUG